AUGCCGAUCAAUCCCGAGGGCGGUUUCGAGACGGAGAUGGAGCGCGACCUGCGCAUCAACAGGAAGCGCUACGCCCACCGCGUGUACACGAACGCGAACAAGUGUCUGCUGGACGAGAAGUUCCGCGUUUUCCACUGUAAGCGGUGCACGGCUCACGUCCUCAUCACCGACGCAGACGUCGAGGGCGCGCCGCGGCGUCGGACCGACAACGCGCCGGUUUUCUGCCCAGACAAGAACCUCGUCAAGCUCCGGACGAAGCCGGUGAAAGAGCCUGUGAAGGUAAAGCGGUUGAAGGGCCUCGAGACACAGUAUCUGCAUGCAUGCGCAGACUGUGGCCAGAACGUCGCGUACCAAUCCGUUCCCCACGACGACCCCAAGGCCGUGCCCUUCGUGUACCUCAUUGAGACUGCAGUCAUCUUUCCCAAGAGCUCGACGAAGCGCCGACAGCGCUGCCGCGUCUGCGGCUUCGUCCCACGAAACGAACAGCACUUCGAAGACCACAAACGUGAACGCGGCCACUGGGAUCAAGAAAGCGGCACUUUCUCUGCGACUGAGGACAACAACGACACACCCAUCAACCCGAUCAUCGUUGGAUGA